AUGGUUCAGACGUCAAGUCGCUCCGUCCCUAACUCUUCUGCGUCUGAGGCCACCGCCUCGCUCUCGCCGUCCCUUCCUCUCCUUGCCACCUCCGCGAGCGCGUUCAAAACGACCAAAUCCCCCGCGAAGCAACCUCCACGGCCGGCCACUCUCAAACCUACCGCCCCUCUUCCUCCUCCUAUACCUCCUGCUCAUACGUCCCCUGUGAAGCAAGGAACCAACGACACAGGUGCAGGGUCAAAGGAUGGGGGUGAUGGGGAUGCUGGCAGUGCUGCUGGGGUCAGCAGCGGGGGAAAUAGCACCGGCGUGCCUAACGUGACUAGCAGCCCGCCGAAACCGCUCAAGUCUCCGCCUAAGCCUUCCAAGAGCCCGCAUAAGCCGGCCAAGUCUCCCAAGCCGCGGAAAUCCCCCAAGCAUCCCCCGGCGUCCAAGUCCCCCAAGUCUCCCCCCAAGCCUUCCGCCAGUACGCCAUCCCCGCCUGCUGCUAUCGCUGACGCUCCGCCUGAACCCCCCUCCCCGCCUCUCCCGUCACCCUCGACCAAGGCCCCCAAAUCACCCACACCCUCCAGCCCACCUCCUCCCAAGCCAUCUCCCAUAAUCAAACCGACUAAGAGCCCUCCUCCCCCUAUUGCUCCACCAUCUCUACCCCCACCUAAGCCCCAGAAAUCUCCUCCUCCCCCCACCCUCUCGCCAUCUCCACCCUUAAAUAAGACCCAAUCCACUCCCAAAUCCUCACCCCCUCCCAAAUCCUCAACCCCUCCCGAAUCCCCUCCCCCUCCCAAAUCCCCUCCCCCUCCUAAAUCCCUGCCCCCUCCCAAAUCCCCGCCCCCUCCCAAGUCUCCGCCCCCUCCCAAGUCUCCGCCCCCUCCCAAAUCCCCGCCCCCUUCCCCCACGCCUCUACCAUCUCCUCCUCCUAAGCCGGUCAAGUCCCCCCCUCCUAUCAAACCCUCCCAACCCGCCAGCUCCCCUCCGCGUUCCCCUCCGCCCCCAUCCGCCAAGCCCAACCCUGGACAAAAACCCCCGCCUCCCCCGCCUAAGGGGGGAGGAGGGGUUGCGCCAGGGGAGGAUGGGGAGGAAGAGGCGGAUGGGGAAGGGGAUGGGGAAGGGGAAUGGUACGAGCUGCCUCCUAGGGUGCCGUCGUCCAGUAAGCCGGUGCCACCUGGCACCGGUGGCGUGUACGACGUGAGAAGCUUCGGGGCCAAGGGGGACGGGAAGAGCAACGACGGGAAGGCACUAGAAGCAGCUUUCGCCGCCGCAUGUGCUGCGUCCCUCAACAGCAGCACCGCAACUGGGGUAGGAGGAGCAGCAGAUGGGGGUAAAGAUCAGGGUGUGCCAACGGUGCUGAUUCCGGGUAAAUACACCUUCCACAUCAUGGGAGUUUCCUUCCUUGGCCCGUGCGGGCCUUCAGGCGUGAACGUGCAGCUGGACGGAAACAUCACGGUGCCUCAGAACCCCAAGGUCUACACCGUUCCCAAGACCGGCCCCUUCACCAUUUUCUACUUUAAGGGUAUCACGGGGCUGAAGGUGUAUGGGCGCGGCAUGGUGGACGGGCGAGGGCAGCUGUUCUGGGAGCAGAAGGGGAAGGGCGAUCGGCCCAUGCUGCUCUACUUCUUCCGCUGCAACCAGACCGUGCUGAGUGGCAUCACGCUUAGGAAUGCAGCGUUUUUCCACGUGCAAGUGUUCCGGUGCGCCAACAUGCGCAUCUUUGACUUUCGCACGGACUCACCAGCAGAGAGCAUCAACACGGACGGCAUCCACAUCUCCUCCUCCUUUAACAUCGACAUCCGACGGUGCACGCUCGCCGGGGGGGAUGACAACGUGUCCAUGUGGGACGGCGCUGUCGGCGUGACUAUAUCGAAUGUCACAUGCCUCACAGGCCAUGGCAUCUCCAUCGGAGCACUAGGGAGCGGCACCGUGUAUCCCGUAUCCUGCGUGUCGGACAUAUCAGUGAAGGACGUGCGUUUCGUCAACACCAAGAUAGGCCUGCGCAUCAAGACGUUCCAAGGCGGCGCAGGGAAGGCCACCAACAUAAUUUAUGAUGGCAUCUCCAUGGAGAACGUGCGGUACCCGAUCGUCCUAGAUCAG